CUCUGUUCCUUCUUCUCUCACUAGAAUCCAUUACGCAUUUUUCCUUCCUUCUUUCCUUAGAUUCUCUUCAGAUUAACACUAUAACGACAAACAAAAAUAUCAAUACAUUUUUAUUUUUAUUUCAUUCAUGUGCAUAUUCUCAGUUUCCACUUCCAUUUCCUUACAAUUUACAGAUUCUCGUCGAGUAUAAAUAAAUAUUGUAACAACAAUUUCUCAUCUCCCAACCCAUUCAUUCAUUCUUUCGUUCAUUAACUUGUAAUGGAGAAUCAAGGGAAGAAAAUCUUGUUAACUACAAAUGGGGAUGAGAUUUCUGAAAACAUAGCUCUUCAUUUGGUGAAACGUGGUUGCAGGUUAGUUUUGAUGGGAAAUGAAAAGUGUGUACAAACUAUGGUAGAGAAGAUAAAUGGAUUAAUGAAGGAGGAGGGUCUGCAAACUCAGAUUGGUGUUGUUGGUGUGGAUAUGGAACAGGGUAAAGAAGAGGAUUUUGAUAAUGGUGUGGAAAAAGCUUAUAAGAUUUGGGGGAAUUUGGAUGCUCUUGUGAAUUGUUACAGCUAUGAAGGGAAGAUACAAGAUUGUCUAAGCUUAGGUGAAAGUGAGUUUAUGAAGAUCGUGAAAGUUAAUUUCAUGGCAGCCUGGUUUCUCUUAAAAGCUGUUGGUAAAAGGAUGCGUGAUGCUAAAUCAGGAGGAUCGGUCAUCUUUCUGACCUCAUUCAUGGGCUCAGAGAGAGGGCUCUAUCCAGGUUCUGCUGCAUAUGGAUCAUGUUUGGCUGGAGUUCAGCAGUUAGUCAGGACUUGUGCUAUAGAUAUCGGGAAACAUCGGAUCAGGGUAAACGCAAUUGCACGAGGACUGCACUUACAAGAUGAGUACAUAUUAUCUGUGGGUAAGGAAAAGGCAGAGAAGUCGGUGAACGAGGUUACACCACUGCACAGAUGGCUCGACGUGAAGAAUGACAUCGCAUCAACAGUCAUAUAUUUGGUAAGCGAUGAUGCUCGUUACAUGACUGGAACCACUAUAUACGUUGACGGUGCCCAGUCUCUUGUAAGGCCUCGUAUGCGAUCCUUUAUGUGAUUAAUAUGAUAAUAGGUUAUACUACUUUUUGAUGGCUUUUCAGUCUGUAGUCUAAUUCUCUGUUAACAAAGUGAAGUGUCAGUAACAGAACUAAAAGAUGCAGUUUCUGUACUAAUUUACGGUCUGUUUAGUUAGGAGACGGAACUACUUUAUGUGAAUGAAUUGAUGUAUUAAGAUGCACACAAGCCGUCGGCGAGCGACUACAACUUGAAAAAGGGCAACACGGCCCUAACCAGAGCAGCAGCACAAAGCAGAAACUAAAGAAGAAUGAGUUCUAGAAGAAACUGAAAGCAGCAAAAGAGAAAACCCCUUCACCUGUAAAAUGAGUUCACAUUUUGUGUAGAACGAUUGCAAGAGAAAAACAUAGGAUGUCAUAACUUGCAAGACUUAUUACAUACAUGACUUAAAAGUCUUCAAGUUCAAAGUUCAAACAAUGCAAAUACAAAUACAAAUACAAACAAGGGCAGAGCCUGCAGACACUCCAGCGUUGUGCUUCAUGAGUCCCCACGCGCCGUGACUGACAUCAUUUACCAAAACUCUUCUUCUACACACAUUUUCUGUUACUUUUCUCUCUCGCUAGAAUCCAUUACACGUUUCUCCUUCUUCCCUUAGAUUCUCUUCAGAUUAACACUAUAACGACAGACUAAAAUCAUUUUAAAUUCCAUUCAUACGCAUAUUCUCCAGUUUCAGCUUCCAAUUCAGAUUCUCUUCCAUUUGUUCAUUCAUUAACUUGUAAUGGAGAAUCAAGGGAAGAAAAUCUUGUUUACUACAAAUGGGAAUGAGAUUUCUGAAAACACCGCUCUUCAUUUGGUGAAACGUGGUUGCAGGUUAGUUUUGAUGGGGAAUGAAAAGUGUGUACAAACUAUGGUAAAGAAGAUAAAAUGGAUUGAUGAAGGAGGGUGUGGAAACUCAGAUUGGUGUGGAUAUGGAAAAAGGUGAAGAAGAGGAUUUUGAUAAUGGCGUGGAAAAAGCUUGUAAGAUUUGGGGGAAUUUGGAUACUCUUGUGAAUUGUCAUAGCUAUCAAGGGGAGAUACAAGAUUGUCUAAGCUUAGCUGAAAGUGAGUUCAUGAAGUCGGUAAAGUUAAUUCCCUGGCAGCCUGGUUUCUCUUAAAAGCUGUUGGUAAAAGAAUGAGAAAUACUAUGCUUUCUAGCAUAGUAAAUGAAUGAUGAUGGUCAGUGGAGAGUUUGAAAGUUUUUAUAACAUGAACUUGACCAUUUCGUAAUAUAAUAUUUCUCAUUCCAUUAUACGUAAUGAACCUGUUUCUGCUCUUUCAUAGUAAUCACUGCUUGUGGGCGGCUUUUGCUUUA